CUUUUACUGCAAAGUGCUAAAUGACUAUUCAAUGUGUGAACUGUUUCUAGUAUUCACCUUUACAGAUAGGAGUCUGCUUCCAUCUACUAGCUGGAGAAUUUCACAAUCAGGACCACACAGGUAGCUACAGAUAACCAAGGUAUUUCAGAGGACAUCUGAAUCCAGGAGGAAGUCCGUGGGAUACGGAACACACUUAGAGAGGCCUGAGGAAAAAGAACAAGAUGAUCCAAGGAGGUGAUCAUUUCAAACCAAGCAGCAACAACAGUUGGAAACACUCACAUGCUACCGGUAGUUCCAUGAUGGACUCAAAAAAACAUUUGAAAAAGACAGCAGAAACAACACCUCCAAAAGAAAGGGAAACGAGAUGUUGCAAUGGAUUCAAGAUGUUCUUAGUAGCCCUGUCAUUCAGCUUUAUGUGUAAGGGACUAGGUGGAAUCGUUAUGAAAAGUUCCAUCACUCAAAUAGAAAGGAGAUUUGACAUAUCAUCUUCGGUUUCUGGCUUAAUUGAUGGAAGCUUUGAAAUUGGAAAUUUGCUUGUGAUUGUAUUUGUAAGUUACUUUGGAUCCAAACUACACAGACCAAAGAUAAUUGGAAUUGGUUGCUUCAUUAUGGGAGCUGGAAGUAUUUUGACUGCUUUACCACAUUUCUUUAUGGGAUAUUACAGGUACUCUAAAGAAACUUUUAUUGAUCCAUCAGAAAAUUUAACAUCAAGCUUAUCGACCUGUUCACUUGAUCAAAAUUUGUUACUCAAUAGAACAUCACCUGAGGUGGUAGAAGAAGGCUGUGAAAGGGAAUCCGGGUCAUAUGAAUGGAUAUAUGUACUCCUGGGUAAUAUGCUCCGUGGAAUUGGGGAAACCCCCAUAGUACCCUUGGGGAUUUCUUACCUUGAUGAUUUUGCUGAAGAAGGACAUUCUUCUUUUUAUUUAGGCACUUUGCAUGCACUAUCAAUGGUUGGUCCAAUCAUUGGCUUUCUACAGGGAUCUCUGUCUGCUAAAAUGUACGUGGAUAUUGGAUAUGUAGAUCUCAGCAAUAUCAGAAUAACUCCUAAGGACUCUCGUUGGGUUGGUGCUUGGUGGCUUGGUUUCCUUGUGGCUGGAAUGUUAUCUAUUAUGUCUUCCAUACCAUUCUUUUUCCUGCCCAAAAGUCUGGAUAAAUCACGGAAAGAAACAUCUUUGGAUUUGCUCAAAGCAAAUGAGGAAAGGACUCAAAUGGCUAAUGUGACCAACCACAGGCAAAAUGUUACUGAAAAUAUUACUGGUUUUUUCCAGUCCUUGAAAAGCAUCCUUACCAAUCCCCUAUAUGUUAUAUUACAGUUUUUGUCAUUACUGCUAGCCAGCAGCCAUAUUGGUGCUAUUACUUAUGUCUUCAAAUAUGUAGAGCAACAGUAUGGUCAGUCAGCAUCUGAAACUAACAUUUUGCUUGGAACCAUAACCUUACCAACUGUUGCAACUGGAAUAUUUAUAGGAGGAUAUAUCAUUAAAAAAUUCAAACUUACCUUGCUUGGAAUUGCCAAAUUUUCAUUUUGCACCAGUGUAUUGGGCUUCACAUUUCAACUAUUAAAUUUUGCAUUAAUUUGUGAAAACAGAUCAGUUGCUGGCCUAACUUUGACCUAUGAUGGAAAUAACCCAGUGGCAUCUCACAUAAAUGUACCACUUUCUUAUUGCAACUCAGACUGCAAUUGUGAUCAAAGUCACUGGGAACCAGUCUGUGGAGACAGUGGAAUAACUUACAUAUCACCUUGUCUAGCAGGAUGCAAAUUUUCAAAUGGCAGUAAAAAGUCUAUGGUGUUUCAUAACUGUAGUUGUGUGGAAGUAACUGGUAUCCAGAACAAAAAUAAUUCGGUGACUUUGGGUGAAUGCCCAAGAGAUAGUCAAUGUACAAAAAAAUUUUAUAUUUAUACUCUGGUGCAAGUCUUGAAUUAUUUUUUCUCUUCAUUGGGAAGCACCCCAACUAUCAUGCUGAUUUUUAAAACUGUUCAACCUGAACUGAAAUCCCUUGCAGUGGGUUUCCAUUCACUAACUAUACGAGCAUUAGGAGGAAUUCCAGCUCCUGUAUAUUUUGGUGCUCUGAUUGAUAAAGCAUGUUUGAAGUGGUCAACCAGCAGCUGUGGGAAGCGAGGGUCUUGCAGGAUAUAUGAUUCCACAUUAUAUGGAUAUACCUUCCUGGGCUUGAUUGAGAGCUUAAGAUUUUCAGCAAUUAUUUUAUUUGUUGUAUUAAUUGCCACUAUGAAGAAAAUAUAUCAAGGAAAAGAUAACAAGCCAUCAGAAAAUGGAAAAAAAGAUACAAAUGAAGCAAACUUAGAAUCCUUAAAUAAUGAUGGAUAUUUUGUACCUUCUGCCAGAGCAGACAAUGAAACACAUAUGAGCCCUUGAAGCAUCUUCUUCCAACCUUCCAUUAAAAUACUGCUGAAGAAAUAGAGAUAAUUCAGAAUUUGUAAGCUAUGAUUGUCAAACAACAUAUGGAAUGUGUUAAGUUUCUUUCAGGACCAUGGAAAUGGAUUAAGAAAACUGACAUUAACUUGAGAAAGCAAAGCCCUUUUAAAAGAUGUGUCUUCAUUCUAUUUGUCUGCUCCCUGGAAAACAUGGAGUCUGUACCAGAUAAUUUACCAGCUGUUUCUCAAUUGCAUAUUUGUGUGUGUGUGUGUGUGUGUGUGUGUGUGUGUGUGUGUGUUUGGUGCACCAAAAGACAGCUUUCACAUCCCCACAAAUAGGACAAGAGGAGAGUGGAUGAGAACAAAUACUUGAAUAUUGUAUUUGUGAGAUUGCAACAGCUUUAUACUGAAUGCUAAAGCUUGUAGUUUCUAUACUCAGUAGGCUGAGAAUAGCUUGUGAAACUUUUUAUUUUAAAAGAAGCCAAUUGUGCAACCAUCCCAGAGAUCCUGAUUCAAAACAUUUGUCACGCAGCCUGGACAUCUCCUUAAAAAAAAAAAAAUCCUUAUAGAGCCCCUGAUAGAGAGAUACAGCAAGCCAUAAGAUAGGAGAAGAUAUUCCUGAGUAUAGCAAAGUCCCAAAAUAUGAAUGCUUGCUAGAAUCUGACAAUUAGCCUAGAUGUUAUAUGUAUUAAACUAUUCUUAAGCUGUAGCUCUGAGAAAAGAUUCGUUACUUCCACGAGAAGAGAUUUGGAAAAACCACCAACAUGCUAGGUUACUAUGUUACAAGUCUGAUGGGAUCUUAUCUCAAAAAAUAGAGAAAAUGAUGGAACUGUUUUUUAAAACAUUGCAAAAAAAAGGCAACAUCUUGAAUAUUUAUCUAUUCAACAAUUAUUGAGUAUCAAAUAUAUUUCAGGCAAAAUGAAAUACAGUAGAGAAAAUAGAGGACCUUCACUUUAAAGGAAAAGAACAUUAAAUUAUUAAAUGUUAUUAAAUGAUAUAAAUUAAAAGAAUAAAUUUAUAUUUAUAAAUGUGAUAUGUACAGUGAAGGAAAAGAACAUUAGAACAUAUGCCUCAGAUUAUUUGAUCUACUUCAGAAUCCAAGAAUCCAGAACAACUAUUAAUCCUUAAUUCAGUGGCUUCUAUUAAACAGGAAUACAAAUCCUAGGGGAAGCAGAGGGGAGUGGUAUUCAACAGAUAUAUAAAUAAGCUAAAGUUUGCAAGGAUGCAAAAUAAUACAAGAGUGUAAUUAAAACACACAUUGAAUAAGGUUAAAAGAAGACAAUGGCCAAAAAACCCAAAUCAAUGAUAAUGAAGUUACAUUUGAAAAUCUGAAAAUGUGGAGGAAAAACUUGAAGAAAAUUAUGAAAAAAGGUAGAUGAUUUAGAGGACAAACUAAAGCACCAACCUAGGAAAUCUGACAUUUUUUGAGGAGGAAAUCAGAUUUAGAAAAGAAGCUUUAAAGAUUUAGUUGCAGAAUGCCUCCCUGCUAUAAAGAAAGACUUGUGCAUACAGACUGAAGACUCCUUAUUUGCACCAUGUCUUAAUGUUCCCAUCCAUUAUCAGGCAGAGGAUCUUUGACUAUGAUGUUUCUUCCUCCUGAAAUGCUCCUUUUUCCACUGAAUAAACUGCUUCUCAGCAUUCAGAUCUAGGUUCAAUCACCAUUCCUUCAAUGUCUCUGACUUCUUGACUGCUUAAAAAUCCUCCAAUUAUAUUUGAAGCAACAUAGCACUUAGCAAAAUAGUAAUUUUAUACUUAUUUGUGAUUAUUUAUUAACAAUCAGUCUCCACCACCAGUUAUGAGCUCUAGGAAGGUAGGUAUUGAACACAUUUUACCUAUCUAUUUUAUUCCCUGCAUUCAGCUUGGUGGCUGACACAGAGCAGAUGCCUUAUAUAUUAUUUUUGAAUGAAUGAAUGAAUGAAUGAAGUGAACUCCCAAAAUUCCAGUCAUAAAAAUAUGAAUGUUAUAAAUAAGAACUGAAAACAACAUGCAUGCAAAUUUUAAAGACUGCAUUAAGGUAAUUGGAUAGGGAGUGAGGUCUUUAGAUGUUUUGAAGAUUUUCCUUAGUAUUUGAAAAUGAAAAAAUAUAUUUUAAAAUGUUAAAAAGUCUUUUGACUGCCAUCUAUGUGCUAAAUACAGGAAAUAAAAGCAUUUAUAAAACAGA